GAUGACAAGUUUUGCGAAUCAAUGUUUUGCUGAUAAUAUUUUGAACAAUUAAGUCUUCGUAAAAAAGCGUUACCUAAUCGCGCCGCAGUAUAACAAUCAAUAAUUUAAUUACUUUAAAGCUUUAACGUAAUGUAAAGCAAAAACUGUUAAAUCAUCAACGUAAAAGUGAGAUAAGCAUUAUUUGAUUACGUAUUUGUUGUCUCGUCUCGCACUAAUUUAAUAUUCUUUUGUUAAAUAAAAAUUCAACAAGCCUACAGACAUUAAUCAUGACUAAUACGAGUGCAACAACGUACAAUUUCAAAGUAGUGCUAUUAGGAGAAGGAUGUGUUGGGAAAACUUCAUUAUUAUUGCGUUAUAUUGAAGAUAAGUUCAAUGACAAACACCUCACUACGCUCCAGGCGACUUUUCUAAAUAAGAAGUUAAAUAUCAAUGGUAAACGUAUAAAUCUUUCGAUUUGGGAUACAGCUGGACAAGAAAAGUUUCAUGCAUUGGGUCCAAUCUAUUAUAGAAAUUCAAAUGGUGCAAUUCUUGUUUAUGAUAUUACUGAUGAAGAUUCAUUUGGCAAGGUGAAAAAUUGGGUGAAAGAAUUGAAGAAGAUGUUAGGGUCAGAAAUAGUGUUAGUCAUAGCUGGAAAUAAAAUUGAUUUAGAACAUGAGAGAACUGUACCCCUUGAGGAAGCAGAAAGCUAUGCCAAAAUGGUUGGUGCAAGGCAUUUUUACACAUCAGCCAAAAUGAAUCAAGGAGUAGAAGACCUCUUCCUUGAAUUGACUCGAGAGAUGACUGAAAAAUUGGAACAAAAUGCUCAGAAUGAGGUUACCAGGACAUCAAGAGUACUAGUAGUAGAUGAUGAAGCACCAGUACAGUCAUCUUGCUGUGCCGGUUCAAAGAGCAACUGAAUAAUAUAUUUAUCACAAUAUAUUGAUAAGAAAUAAUAUUGUUUAGCAAAGGAACACUGAUAUUAAUUAUACAAACUACAUAUUACUUUUUAUUGUCAUAUUGUAUAAGCAAAAACUUUGUUUGAAAUCAAAUUGUUAGUGGGUGUUUAAUAGAUAAACUGUUUUAUUAUCAACAAUCUUCUCACCUGGAAUUAA